AUGGAAGCUGAAGACAUCUUGAACAGUGAUGUUGAAGGUGAACAAUAUGAGGAAUCUAAUGAGGCUACUGGCAUGAAGAACCAUGUUUUGUCUGUAGGGUUGAAGUUCUCCACACCACAACUAUUUAAAAAAGCUAUGGUCAGAUGGAAUGUACUGAUAGGUCAUGCUAUCACCUAUAUAAAGAAUGAGAACAAGAAAAUAACUGCCAAGUGCAAGCAAGACUGUGGCUGGAGGAUUCAUGCAUCACCUAUUGGCAAUACAUCAACAUUUCAGAUCAAGUCAUUCAUAUCAGAGCACAAGUGUGGAAGAGUACAUGAAAAUGGACAUGUGAAUUCCAAAUUCUUAGCUGACGAAUAUCUAGAUGAUUUGAGAGACAACCAUGAAAUAAAAGUAAAGUCCAUGAAGAGAAAGGUAAGAAAAGACCUUAAUGUUGAUAUCAGUAGGUGGCAAGUCUGUAGAGCCAAGCAUAAUGUAAAGAAGCUUGUGGAGGGAGACAUAGAGAAGCAAUAUGCACUGGUGAGAGACUACUGUGCAACAGUGCUAGACCACAAUACAAGAAGUUGUUUCAAGAUUCAAAAUGCAAAAGCAAAUAACAGAGGAACUCAACCUAGGUUCUUAAGGCUAUAUGCUAGAGAUGGGAAUGACAAUCUCUUCCCACUUGCAAUUGCUGUUGUAGAAUCUGAGUGCAAGCAGACUUGGUCACGGUUUCUACUCCAGUUACUCAAUGAUAUGGGAAGUGUUCAAGAAAGAGGGUGGGUGUUUAUUUCUGAUAGACAAAAAGGUCUAGUUGAGACCAUAAAUGAACUCAUGCCAGGUGUGGAGCACAUAUACUGCAUCAGACACAUGUAUGCCAAUUUCAAACUGAAGUAUAAAGGCAAAGAAUUGAAGGAUUUAUUCUGGAAAGUAGCAUCUACUGCAAGCAAGAAUGAAUGGCAGUACUACAUUAAUGAGAUAAAAAAGGCUGAUCCAUCAACUGUUGCUGAGAAUGGAGACGAAGGUCCUUGUGCAUUUAAGUGGUUAAUGAAUGCUAAUCCUCAAAACUGGGCCAUGUCACAUUUCAGUCCAAGAGCUAAGUGUGAUAUACUUGUGAACAAUAUGAAUGAAAGCUGGAGUAACUACAUCAUAGAUGCCAGCGAUAUACACAUCAUUUCCAUGCUGGAAUGGAUUAGAAAAGCUCUAAUGAUAAGGUUUCAAGUAAAAAAGAAAUGGUAUGCUAAAGCAUCUGGGAAAGCUUGGUCCUAA